GAGUGCAUUGCCUGUUAGUUGUUAGCCGUAUCUAAACACAUUGCCGAAUUUCCACUUCUAUUUCUAACCAGCUUAACAAUUUCAGCUGACUGCCUUCGCGGGCCCACCUGUAAGGCACAGAUUGCGAGCGAGCAACGGCAAACGGAGAAGGCGGGUGUUGUGUUGUAUAUAAACCACGCAAGCUUCUGUUCGGCUGUUCCAUUCAGAAGAAUUUAUUUCAGAUACCGCAUCCCCUACGACGCUCGUCUCCUCCUUCCCGGCCCGAGAUAAAUCCUCGGAAACCCAAACCCUACCCAGCUCGCAUUGGGGGUGCGAAUCCUGCGACGAUCAUACGGCAUGGAGGCGUUCGAUCUCGACAACUACCUGCUCUGCCAGCAGCUUCUGUUCGGCGACACGCAGGCGGGCACGAGCACAGAGGAGGAGGCUGCGGCGGAGGCGGAGGCAGAGGGGGGCUUCUUCCAGUUCCAGUCCCCGCAGGCGCCGAUGCUGGGCGGAGUUGGCGACCAGAUGGUGAUCAACCCGGCGGGGUUCGUCGAUGGCGGAGGUUCGACCCUGCCUCCUCUGCAGAUGCCGGGUGGCGGCGGGAUUUGGGCGGGGAACGGCGAUGGGUUUGUUCCGGGUGGCGGGAACUGGGCCGGGAACGGCGAUGGGUUCGUUCCGGGUGGCGGGAGCUGGGCGGUGAACGGCGAUGAGUUUAUUCAGGGUGGCGGGAACUGGGCGGGGAACGGCGAUGAGUUUAUUCCGGGUGGCGGGAACUGGGCGGUGGACGGCGGGCUGCAGGCAACGGGCGAGGCCUGGGCGGCGGCGCUGACGGAGGACCCGUUGAUGCAAUUUAGCGGCGAGCAGUUGAUGCACGGAGGCGGCGUCCCCAUCCUGCCCGGCAGCAUGCAGGAGCUGCUGAUGAGCGACGCCGACCUGAGCGAGUUGGUGAGCGACGAGGAGGUCCUCAACUCGCUGUUGUUGAUGUCCGGCUAUUCGUCGGAUCUGCCCCAAGUGAACGCUGGACCGACGGAGAUGAUGCCUCAAAUGAGCACGAUGGAGUACCCGCAACCGCAGGCCGACGUGCAGCAGGCGGUGCCUGAUGACAACGAGACGGCGGAGGUGGCUCAGAUGGUUCGCGUGGCGGUGGACUGCGGCGACGAGAUGUCCACGACGUGGUCCGAGGAGGAGGACCAGCUGUUGCUCCAAGGCCUUUCUCAGUUUGCCGACCAAGACAGUAUCACCAAGUGUUUCAACAUUGCAUUUGGACUUCCCAAGAAGACUGCACAUGAUGUUGCCCUUCGUAUCCGGUGGUUAUCAGAAUUGGAGAUGAUAAAGGCUGCCAAACAAGCAGAGGCGAGGCCAGAAAUUCCUGCAAGACGAAAGAUUACAAAGGGAAAAGGAACCAAGGGUGCUAGCAAGAAAAACAACAAAUAUCCCCUUUCCAAAGAGGCUCUAGAUUCGAAGAGUGCUAAAGCUAUCACGAAGGAAAAUGAUAGGCUUUUGGAUAAGAUAGAAAAAAUGUUGCAAACAGGGCAGGCGAAGGAUUGCCCAGAAUACUUCUAUUACGUGAAAACGAACAUGGAUGCUCUGCAUAACAAAGUAAGCGGCCUGGCUUCUGUCAUGGAAGGAUUAACAGUAGAUGACAAAGAAUGGGCAGACGUCUUGAAGGAUCGUAACUCAUCGGCUGCAAAGGGUACUGCCACCACUCCUCCUUGAGCAUCGCCUGAAGCGACUCUUCCAUACUGCUACUUGACGUCGUUUUCUACUAAGUCCAACAAUUGCGUGCCAAUGCACAUGCCUAAAUGCUUUCUCUUUGGGAUGGCUAUGUUGAGUUUACAGAGGCCCUGUUUUUUUCCUUGUUGAGGUGUUCUCUCUUUACUUGCUGCUUGUAGGUAGAUCGUGAAAUUCAGUCGGAACUAGUAUACUAUUGUUGCUCCUGGUUGAGCAGUUCUGCUAGUUUCAGGCAUUUUGGGAUAUCGAUGGAUGGAGUACGUGGUUGGCCAGCCAUGUUCUGCUUGGGAUGACUGUUUUCCUUCCACGUAUAUAUAACAUGUUUGCUUUGGCCGUUAUCA